CGGUAUAAGCCGGCAGUCUGUCGCGGACCAUUCAUCCCUGCAAUUCUAGCCGCUCUCGGCCGUCGUGCACGCGUUGAACCGCCCGCAAUCGCCGUGGACCGGAGUGGAAAUCACGCGGAAUUCCCUUAUCCUGUUAUCCAAUAGUUAUCCUUCUUCCCUUUAAAAGUGACAUGAUCCUCAAUAAAUCCUAAUGCGCAUGUGCACAAAGUAUUUUUUUAUUUUGUAAAUAAAAUAAAGUAUUGGCAUUGUUAUCAUUAUUUUUAGUAAUUAAUCAAAAGCCAAUGUAUUAGCUGAUUGUGUAUCGAAGUUAUUUAAUUAUCGUAGUUGAACAAUCGAAAAUUGUUUGUUGGCAUUAUUUAUAUAUAUUAUUUGAUAUAAAUAAUACUUAAUAUUACAAGCAAAUAAUUAUAUUAUUGCUGAGCUUUGUUCGGUGCCAAUAAAAUAUAUUUAUCAUUGCCAUAUUUUUGACGUAUUGGAUUAACUGUGAAAAGCACCGUGAUCUAAUUGUGUACCCAUCUAUAUGAAGACGAGGACGGGGCCCCGACUAUCGGUCGUGGACCCUAAACUGGUUUCGCACUGGAUGAUAGCGACAGCUGCAGUGCAACCAACAACAACGUUGACACAUUGCAGAUUAAAUACAAUUUAGCAACACAUGUUGGUACCGGUUCAAAAGUGGGAAAAAUGACAGCUGUUAACACGGGUUUGCCUGGUAUUCGGGUGCCAUUAAGAAAUAGCUAUGCUUCGGCAAUGCCACAGCAAACGGCUGUGUUUAUGUACAGCACUGCUGGUCCAGAUGGCCAAACAGUUACAUUGCAACUCAGAGAAACAGACGAAGCUAUCGAAUUACCAUCUUCUGUACUCUCAAAGAUGUCACGGCAAGCAGAUAGCGCUACGUUAUCAAUUAGUUACCAGGACUCAACAGAAGUACUCACUGACGGUACCAUAGAUCUCCUACUGGCUACCACGCCUCUUCAUUCGACGGGUGAUGGUCAGAGUACGGAUUCGCCGGGAUUCGAGUUGUUUGAUUCGGAAAACGGUCACGAUCUCACGUUAUCGCCACAAACCUUCACGGCGAAUACCACAGCUGAUUCGUUUUUGGUCAACGACAACUCUAAUAGUGUAGGGAUGUCCGUCAACGAAUCUGACACGGUUGGCAGUUCAGAAGAUGUCAAAUCGUCAGAUUUAAGCAAACUUAAUAUGGCGAGACGGUCAAAACCAGUGGCAAAAGCUAUGUCUCCCAACAGACAGGGUCCCCAGCAGUGUCUUACCUGCGGGAAAGUGUUUGGGAACGCGUCAGCAUUAGCCAAACAUAAAUUGACACAUAGUGACGAAAGGAAGUAUGUGUGUAAUGUCUGCAGCAAAGCUUUCAAAAGACAAGACCACUUAAAUGGACAUAUGCUAACACACCGACACAAAAAACCAUUCGAAUGUAAGGCAAACGGUUGUGGUAAGUCUUAUUGUGAUGCACGAUCACUUCGGCGACACACAGAAAAUCACCAUCAUCAUCAACAACCGUCGUCUAACCAAGGUUCACCGCCAUCAUCACCAUCCUCAUCAACUAGUUCUGGAUGUAUACAAUAUGCACCAGCACCAUUAGCAUCACCUCCGUCUUCGACGACAACCACAACGACCACUACAUCCACUGGCACAGCAACUACCACGUUGCAGCAACAACAACAAAUUCAGUCGUUACCACAAUCACAAUCGCAGAGUCAAACACAAGACACUCCAAGUCAACUCCAAAAACUACUCAGUGCCGAACCACUGUCGUGUUCUUCGCCUGGCAAGACUGUAAAUAGCACAAAUGACACUACGGCCAACAAACAACAACAUUUGCAAACUCCUUCUGUUGGUGCAGUUCAAAAACCAGAACAAAAGCCUGUAGAAUGCAAUCUAUGUCACAGAAAGUUCAAAAAUGUACCAGCCCUUAAUGGACACAUGAGACUCCAUGGUGGUUAUUUUAAAAAGGAAACUGAUUCCAAGAAAUGGGAAAAAAAAGAAACGUCUGGUCCACCGUUGCAAACUGCCAGUAUGAGCGUAAGAGCAUUAAUCGAAGAAAAAAUUAUUCAAAAAAGAACUACAAAACCGACAACCUCAAUUCAAAAUGGAAUGAAUACAUACAACAGUUUAAACCGAGACAAAGAUACAUCGGUUCAACAAACAUUAAGCAGAAGCACAGUACACACAGUUAUGUCCAAUAAUAGUGUUACAUCUUUCGCUAUCCCUGCACUUCCAAGCACAACUGUUGACACAACAACUAGUACAGCAGAUACAACUUCUGUAGUUUAUACAGACAUACUUUUGAAAAAAACUGGCGUGAAAAGAGCGUGCUCGGAUCCAGGAUACCAAUUCAACCAGAGCAGUACCAGCCCACAAAUAGAUAUUAAUUACACCAGUUCACCGUAUACAUUGAAUCACGGAAGCAAUGGAAACGGAGGUAACGGCGAAAAAGAUGCCGAUAACCAAGGCUAUUAUUCCCCUGGACUCAAUGACGAUAUAUUUCCCAACGUGCAAACGGACACUAUGCUUUUACAAGCCGUCGAUUCUGUACAAUUGGCUGAUACGAUACAGGCAACGGAUAUGCAAGAUAUGUCAUGUUUGGACGAUUAUGACGGUAUGACAGAUCUGCAAAAUAGCGAAGAUUUUCAAGCUGUGUUAAACUCUCCACUCUCGGCCAGCUUAGCUGAUCUAGCCUAUAGUUCAGGUCAAACAAUGUUCACUGAUUUGGGUAGAUCUCCUUUACCUUCUCCCAGUUUUACCUAUCCUACUCCGCCAGCUAGCCAAGAAGGUCAAUCGCCAUCGCUUAAUUUUCACUCUGUAAUGUCUAAUGGACAUUUAGGUGAUUUUUUCUACUCGUCAGACAUGUCUAGUUCGGAAGCUGUCGAAGCUGCACUAAGUGAAGUACUACCUAAUUUUGAAUCUGCAACCGACUCUCCUCUUUCUGCAAAUACACCAGUGCCAUCACCAAUGUCAUUACCAAACUCAUCUGCUGCACCUUCACCGUUACCUAACAACAACAACCACCACCAACACACAUUACAGGUAAUGAUGCCCAAUUCAGAAGACCCAUUAUUAUCUAGCAGUCCCAAAGAAUUUAGAAAGAAAUUUGAUUACCAAACUUGUCGUUUAUACGGAGUAAAUGGUACUAUGGCACAAGUGAUUGAUGGAAGUCAAUUUCUGAUCGACAAAAACGGAGAUCUAAAAUUAGUUCAUGCAAGCUACCAAAAUCCUGGAACGAUGUUUGUACAAACUGAAGCUCAGUUAAUUGACAAAAGUACACAGGCUCUUAAACAACAACAAAAACAGGACAAUAACCAAAACAUGGACGAUAUUGACGAUCUCUUUAUUAAUCCAUCAAGUAUUCAAUCCAAUCAAUCAAAUAAAGUUAAUCGAAAACGUUGUUUUGGAGAAAUCUCCUCAUAUAAAUCAUUUCGAUCGAGGUUACGUUGUCACAGAUUAGGAAUGUUAAACGAACCGACUUUGCAGUACACACCAAAGCCUAUGUUAAGCCCUUCACGAAAUGGAAGGGGUCUAUACUGGCAAGCCGUCACCUCGUGGCCAAGUUCAACGACUGUCAAAGAAGGUAUCGUUGAAGACUGUGUGGGUCUAGAUUCUCCACCAGAAUGUGAUGUUGUUCCACACAUUAAUCUAGGCUCAAACUUUCAAGCUAUAAUUCCACCUGUAAACAUAAACAGGCCAGCUCGAGAGACGUCUAUUGAUUAUCUUCUUUGGGACCCAUAUACCACCAACUCAGUAGCUGAAAGAGAAGUCGAAAUGUAUAUGGAUUUUGCUUGUUGUGCGGCAGUACCUGGUGGUGGCAGAAAUAAAGAAUAUGCUCUUCAUUUACUUCAUCUCUGUAAAGGAAAUGUUCAGGAAGCUAUGUUAAAACUUAUGCAGCCAACUCCAUAUUUACCUCAAGGACAUCCUUUAAUGAAAUUUGAAUAUACGGAAUCAGACCAUUGGACCCAAAAUGAGGUUUCACUAUUCCACAAAGCUGUUUUUAAGUAUGACAAAGAUUUUUCAUUUAUAUCACAAGAGCUGGGAACAAAAACAUUAAAACAGUGUGUACAGUUUUACUAUUUAUGGAAAAAAGUGUGUCCAGAAGACUACAAACAAUUUCAAUUACAAAGAAGAAAAUCAAGAAGUGAAGACACUACAGUUAACAUGAAAUUAGACAUUCCAGCUAAUGACCUUGAAGUCACCACCAGUUCGGGGGACCAACAAACAUACGUUUGCGAAUUCUCAGACUGUUUGUCGUCGUUUAACAAUAAAAUUGGACUAGUAGCUCACAUGAGACUGCAUAACGUUGGAACGCCAGAUAGAAGACAAACUCCAACGCCUACACAAACAGAUCCGAAUUAUGAAGAAUUCCCUUGCAAAAUUUGUGGAAAGGUGUUCAACAAAGUGAAAAGUCGAAGUGCGCACAUGAAAUCUCAUAGGCCACCUGAUGCCGAACCUAAAAAACCAAAAUUGGACCAGAACGUCGACUAUGGACAAAUGAUGCAGUUAAAAACUGUGGCGACACCAAUUCAACUGCAUAGACAAUGUUAAACAUCUGUGCAAUAUUAAUUACAUUAGCACUGAUAAUUCAAACUUCGAUUUUGAAUUUAUUUAUAAUAAAAGCUCAAAAACGAUCAUAGGGCUUGUACAAUCAUUUUAACCUUGUGUCACAAUAUCCAGGGUUCAUGCUUUUUCUAUAUCUGCAAUAUUGUUUAAGCAAUAUAGCCAAUAAUUUGAUGUAUAAGCGCAACACAUUUCAAAAGUCCAUAUCCGAUUGCGAUCCAACAUUAUUUUUUUAGCAAUAAUUUAUCUUUGCAUCUCGGACAAUAAAUAAUAAAUAUAUGUGCCAAUCAUGAUAUGCUGUAUUAUUAUAUAAUCAAUUAAUUUAAAAACAAUUAAUGCUCACAAUGAAAAAUUCUUCAUUUGAAAUUUCACGCUAAAGUUUUUUCAAUCGCAAUUUGUCAAUUAAAAACAUUUAAAAUAUCGAUACGGGCCAUGAUAUAUCAAAAACAUUUUGUGUGGUGUGUUAUUUGUGUUUGUAUAUUUUAAACAACUUGAACUACGAGAAAACUAUAAUACGUAAUUACUAAAUAUUUUCUUUGUACAAUAUAAAAUAUAAACGAAUAAUAUUUUUUAAUUUGAACAAUAUUUAAUAUUCACUUAAUAAAAAUCAAUUUGGUAUCCAUUCUUGUUACAAAAUAUAAAAAAUCAACAAUAUAUUUGUAUAAUUGUAAUUUGUAAUAGCAUUAUGAAGUGCCAAAUGAAAUAUUUUCCCCUUUGUAUUUUUAUACCCUGUUAAUAUAAUUUUGUAAAUAUUUUAUCAAGUCGAUGCUCAAUUCUUUGACUUUUACGUUUUAUAAAGUAUAUUUAGAUCCAGUCUUCCCUCCAUUAAAUCUUUAAGCCCACUUAAUUUCGAUAUUAGUUUUCCUUUAAUAUCCCUUUAACUAUUCAUUAUUUGCCUUUAACAAUUUUAAAACAGUAUAAUAUUUGUAAAAUUAAGUGGUGAAAAUUAAUUAGAUUAUAUAGUUUGUGUUCCAAGUAAUUUACUCACUUCAUAAAACCCAACAAGACACUAUAUUAUUAUAUUUUUUCUUUGAAUAAAAUAAAUGUUUAAUUAUUAAAUGGACAGUGCUACAGCAAAAUGUUAUUACAGGCUUUAGUUUUAUUGCAUGUUUUCUUUACAACAUUAGGAAAAAGUAAUUGAUAAUUGUAUGCAUCGCUUUAACAU